AUGUAUUUUCAUGAUAUUCAACUUUGAGAUAACAGACUUCAAAUGAUGUCACAGUGGGUCUCCUAUGACAUCACCAGGACUGGGAGGUGAUGGUUAACAAUCAGUUCCUAGAAUGGUUAGCUACUGCCUGUGGGAGCAGAAAACUCACUUUCUUUGCUUCCUCGUGGAUACCAUUGUUAGUAUUUGCCUAGAUUCUGUGAAAAAGAAUAAAAUCACCAAAUUUCUCCACAUUUUUAUCAAAAUAUCAAGUGAGAAAGACGGUGAAUCUGAAUUAGAAAAAAAUGCCAAGCAAUCCCCCACUACGAGAAGAAACCCCAGGAACGCUGAGGAUGUUCCAGCGGUCCCAAUGCCUGAAAUCCCAGCCUCCGUACAGGACAUCCUCUCUUGGAUUGAGCGAGCACAGGCUGUUCGAGCCAGAGAGAACAUUAAAACACAGAUGACUGAAAUAAUGAGCAACGUGCACCGAAUAAUGGCUCGCUACAAUCUCGACUUUGACUUGCCCUCCGGACACCGCAUCUCUCUUACAGAACACAUGAGGAAACAGAGAUCCCUGUUUCUGGAGAGAAUGGGUACUUACUCUAAGAACGCUGAAAACAGAGAAAAGACACUUGCCUACAUUCUGGCCUGGUUAGAGGAAUGGAAUGUUAUUUUGUCUGACAUAACUGCAUUUGAUGUUGAGGAACACUACCAUUGGAUAGUACAAAUGGAGAUGUUUCCAGAAACACUGAGAGCCAUCGAGAACAAUGUCAAUAUACUAUGUAGCAUCAGCACCACUUUCCUGAAUGAUAAGAAGACACAGAAGAAAAAAAUAGUAUCUAGAGGUGCUCUAUGGAAAACAUGGAAAGACAGAUUUAUAAAGCGACCUGCAACAGCCCUUGCACUAAGACCAGAUCAAAUGAUCUCUGAUCAAUUUACAACCAACACCAAGGUUUUGGAAAUUCAACGUAUGUUACAAGAACUCAUAGGUUCUUCAAUGUUCAACAAAAUGGAAAACACUGCAAUCAAAUAUAUCUCAGCAACUAUAUUAAAUCUUUACAAAGCCUUGAGUGCCGUGUGUGAACAAGUCAAUGUUUCUAACAUUGUAAGUGACAGCAUGUUUUUUGAAAAGUAUGAAACAGAAAAAGAACUCUCCAGAAGGAUGAUCUGUGACCUUAGUGAGGAAAACGAGCUGCUGCAACGAAAACUGCAAGAGAAAGAAGAAAACUAUGAGCAGCUAAUUCAAACCACAGUUCGUGCAGGCCAGCAAGAAUAUACAUCAGUGCCCACACCCAGGACCCAUAUCAAGGCUGGGGACAUAGCAGACAGUAUGGACAAUAUUUUAGCCAAGGAAUUGGAAAAUACUUUAUAUAAGUCUCCAACAAAAAAGAUCAAAUCCUCCGAGAUAAAGUGGGGCUCUUCACUUUUAUGUAAAGCCCCAGCUGUACUGACCCCAGAUUGCCAGGACAACAAUACCGUCCACCUGAAGACCAUCAGAAAAUGGGUCCUGGGCCUUUGAAGGGUACUGCUGACU